AGGAACAACAAGUUUCUGCAGACGACCUGGUCCGACCUGGUCCGUCUUUCGUCUGUCUGCCAUUUCCUCCCGGCAAACUGUUUGUGACCAGUGUCGGAGCCACGCUGUUUCUCUGGAGCCAGAGCAGCAGGAAUAACAUCCUGCCAGCUUUUCACCAUGUUUGUCCCAGAGUCACAAGAUGAGCUACUGUCCCCAAGUGGCUCUGUGGGCAGAGGCACCAGCCAACAGUACGGAUCCAACCCGUCCCCAUCUCAAAACUAUGGAAGUCCACAACCUUUUAGCUCUAAUGGGAAUAUUUCGCUAGCCAACACCAGUCUGCAUUAUGAGCCACAGGAGACAGACUUUCUGCUCCCAAAUCAACUGUAUGGUAGGUCAAGGAUCAGUGGAUCCACGAGAGCAAAGGAUGCAGGUGGCUCCGGUGCACCUGCUGAGUCAGUCUGUUCUAUGGUGCUUCAGAUCCUGGUGCCGUUUGUGCUGGCCGGGCUCGGUACCGUCUCUGCUGGGAUGCUGCUUGAAGUGAUUCAGAACUGGGACGUGUUCCAGGAAAUCACAGAGAUGUUCAUCCUAGUCCCUGCAGUGUUGGGCAUGAAGGGGAACCUGGAAAUGACUCUGGCCUCAAGACUCUCUACUGCUGUGAAUGCACGAAAAAUGGAAACUGCCAGAGAAAAGUGGUUGUUAAUCGUUGGGAACCUGGGGCUCAAACAGCUUCAAGCCACAGUGCUCGGCCUGUUGACCUCUUUGAUGGCGACUUUGCUGGGCUGGAUGGCAGAAAGAAAGAUGCCCUACAACCAUGUGAUGCUCCUGUGUUCAACCAGUGUUUCAACCGCCUUCAUGGCUUCAUUGCUGCAAGGUAUUAUUAUGGUGGGAGUGAUCAUUGGCUCCAAGCGACUGGGAAUCAACCCUGACAACGUGGCCACGCCUAUGGCUGCCAGCUUUGGGGAUCUCAUCACUCUUGCCUUUCUGGCCUGCUUCAGUCAUUGGUUCUACUCCCUCAUAGUCCUGUAUCCCUACGUGCUGUACCUGGUGGAUCUGUUAUUUUUGUGCCUGGUUCCUCUUUGGGUGGUGAUCUCCUCCAAACAUCCAGCCAGUCACAUCCUGCUCCGCACAGGCUGGGAACCAAUCAUUACAGCGAUGGUCAUCAGCAGCAUUGGAGGACUUAUUCUGGAGAAGACUGUGUCAAAUCCAAACCUGUCAGGAAUUAUAGUUUAUGCUCCAGUCAUAAAUGGUAUUGGAGGAAACCUCGUCUCCAUACAGUCUAGUCGUAUUUCUACUAAUUUGCAUUUGAAUUACCCACCUGGAGAGGUUCCUGAAGACCGUAAGGGCUGCUUUAGCUCUUGCCGCACUUUCUUUGGUUCAGGAGCAAACCAUCGAUCUGCUCAGGUUCUGCUUCUAUUGGUGAUCCCUGGUCAGCUCAUCUUCUUACAUGCUAUUCACCUGAUGAAAGGAGGCCAGACUUUGCCCAGUCCUCUCCUGACUGUUGCCUUCUUGUCUGCUUCCCUGAUUCAGGUCUUUUUCCUGCUGUGUACAGCUGACUGUAUGGUCCACUGUCUAUGGCGGAGGGGUAAAGACCCCGACAGUUACUCAAUACCCUACCUCACAGCCCUCGGAGACCUACUAGGGACUGCUCUCCUCUCUCUUGCCUUUGUCAUGCUGUGGUGCAUCGGUGACUCAGGCAGUGUGUAGGUUCACAGCAAUAAAAGGUUUGAGGAAGAGCAAACGUGACAAAAUAUCCUUUGUAGGAGUGACAUAACAAAUACCAACGACAAAGAAACUGAAAAAAACUUUUUAAUGUGUUCUAGUUUGUUUUUCCCCCUUUGCCAUCAUUAUUAAACAGAUUUAGAAAAUGAGGGCUUCUUCUCCACCAUUACCCUCAUUUUUGUAUCUUUGUAUCUGAACCCUGAUCUUCCCAGAUGAGUCUACGUCUUGGAUAGCUAUACAGUUUCCUGCCUUUGGGACAUUUACUAAAUCGCUCAUUGCGGUUCUGUUUUCUAGCAAAUUGUCUUGUAUUGUUUUGUAGUGAGCAUACAGAAAAUCCUAUUGGGCAUGUAGCAUAGAACACAUCACAUACCAAGUGCUGAUUAAUUCAUCACUUCUCGUUAUCUGUCAACAAAAUAAGAACUAAAAGUCUACAUGGAGUGUAUAUGAUUAGUAUAACAGGCAAUGUAAGAUGGUAGCCUCCCUAC